CCCAAAAUCUCAUUCAAAGGCCUAAUUAGAAACCCAAAAAAAAAAAAAAAUGUCGCAGCCGGAGCCGGUGAACAUUCUCUCCGACGACGACGAUGAAGACGACGUCGUUGCCAAAACCGGUAAUGCAAAGUACAACAGAACUGCUCCGAGAUCAGAAAACGACGUCGUCUGCAUCGACCUCUCAACUCCAUCCCCGUACUUCCCGACGAAGAAGAAGCAAAGAUUAUCAGACCGCUGGGCUAAUUCAAAACCUAGUUCGAGCAAUUCUACCGCUCCACUCUUCAUCCUUGACGAUGACGUCACGCCGCAGAAGCAUCCUCCGGGAACCACCCCCACUCAGCCUGUCGUCACCGAGACUCCUCCGAAUUUUUCUCAUUUCUUCUCCUCCAAGCUCGAGGAGGCCUCAAUUCGCAAAUGCUCCUAUGAUUCCUUCGGGUUGAAUUCCCCGCCAUCUGUUGUUGGGGAGACGCCAUUUUCGGAUAAAGUGUCCAAUUCUGAACUUGCAAAUGGUGGAUUCAGCAGCGGCAACUACAGUUCUCAACUAUUGGCAGCGACAGCAGAUGCUGCAGGGGCUUUAUUUUCCGUCUACUCUCCCCCCGGGUUAAAUUCUCCUCCAUCUGUUGUUGAUGAGACACCAAUAUUGGAAAAAGUGUCCAAUUCUGAACUUGCAAUUACUGAAUUCAAGCGCGUCGACUCCAAUUUUCAACAAUUGGCAGCAGCAGCAGAUGCUCCUGGGGCUUUAUUCUCCGACUGCUCGCCCCCUGAGAGUAGAUUGAUAUGUCUGCAGUCUGACAAUGAGUCUGAGAGAGGAUUGGAAGCUGAUGAAAGAACUGGUUUGAUAGUUGAUGUGGCAGAGGAGUUUGAAUUGAGCUCCGGAUUUGUUGAAUCCACACUUUCUUAUGGUAAGGCUAAUCAAACGCACCUGGCAGUGGUCAGCUCUCCACGUCCUUGUUCAUUGGAAUAUGAUCUAUCUCUGGUACAUGGUACUUUUGGUGAUGAGUGUGAUAGAAAGGAGCUCAUGGUUCAAGUGCCUGAACCAAAAGGCAAAAUCAAGAGUAAAGCCAUUUCAGAGAAAGGUUCAGAUAAUUCAAUCAGGAAAGGGAGGAUGUUGAAGGAAGCAAGGCUUCUCCUGAAGGAAGAAAGGAAACAGCAGAAAGAACAAGAAAAACUGGAAAAAGAAUCUCAAAAGGCUGAAGCUGCUGAGUUGGUGAAAUUGCAGAAUGAAAAGCAAAAGAUCUACCUGGAGGAGGAGAAAUUGGAAAGAGAAGCUCAAAAGGUUGAAGCUUCUGAGUCGGUAAAAUUGCAGAAAGAAAAGCAAAAGAUCUGCCUGCAGAAGGAGAAAUUGGAAAGAGCAGCUGAAAAGGCUGAAGCUGCAGCUUUGAAAAAACUGCAGAAAGAAAAGCAAAAGAUCUAUCGGCAGCAACAGAAAUUGGAAAGAGCAGCUCAAAUAGCUGAAGCUGCAGCAUUAAAAAAACUAGCAAAAGAGAAGCAGAAGUGGGAAAAAGGAAAGUUUCCCCAAAAAACAAUUGUGGCUCAAAUAGAUAGUAAAAUAGUUGAAAUGGGGUCAAUCGGAGGACAUCUGCUUACAAGGUUUGCAGAAAAGGGUCUCUCAUAUCGUAUAAUGUCAAACCCAAUUGAAAGAUCUAUUGUGUGGACAAUACCUGUUCCAGAGCAAUUGGUGCAGAUUUCAUCUGAGGGCAUAGUUGUACCAUACGUGUUACUCGUAUAUGGGGCUGAAGAAUUCUGCAAUCUCGUCAUGGAUGGAACACUUAUGGAUCAAGUUUCCAGGGUUCAAUACCAUUAUCCAAACCAUACGAUUUGUUACCUCACAAAUAGACUGAUGGCCUACAUAAAUAAACGGGAACAAGAUCAUUAUAAGAAUCCCAGCAAAUAUGAAGGUUGGAAGCGCCCACCAAUAGAGGAGGUAUUGGCAAAAUUAGCCACUCAUUUUACUAGGGUGCAUUCAAGACUGUGUUGUGAUGAAGCUGAAUUAGCAGAACAUGUUGUUGGUUUGACUCACAGCCUUGCCUCUUGUCAGUAUAGGAAGAAGCCAACACCAUUAUCAGUGAAUGCAAAUGGCUCUCUUGUACCCAAGGAUUGUGCUGAUAGAAAUCUCAUAAAGAAGAAUACAUGGUUAAAAGCAUUGGUAGCUAUCCCUAAGGUACAACCACGGUUUGCCAUUGCUAUAUGGAAAAAGUAUCCCACAAUGAAAUCACUUUUGACUGUUUACAUGGAUCCGAGUAAAUCGGUGCAUGAGAAAGAAUUUUUGCUCCAAGAUUUGACUACAGAAGGUUUACUUGGUGAUGACAGAAGAUUAGGAGAGAUUUGUUCUAAGAGAAUUUAUAGGGUACUCAUGGCUCAAUGUGGGAACGUCAUUACUGAUGACGUUGAGCAUGGAGCUGAUUUUUUUUCGUUUACCAGCCCACUCUGCUGUUAAUGCUCCCGCUACUAGGCUGAUUGAAAGUUAUUUGGCAAGUGUUGUAUCCUAUUCGAAUGAGGAAAAGAUAUUACAAUCUUAUCAGUUGUGAACUGGAUAAAGCAGCAUGCGGCAGCGUAUUUAUCAAAUCAAUGUGGCCUCAACAACUUGUUGGAAGCUUUUCUGCUGUGAUGUCAGAUCAGUGGAGGUGAAAAGAUUUAGAUUAUCACCUUUCAGCUACGACUAUAUUGGCAUAUGUAUAUAUGUCUUUUGCUAACAUCAAUGUUGCAAAACCUUGUCCAAUUGACCUCUGCUAUUAUUUUCUAAUUGGAAAAUGAAGCAUUGUGGAAAACUGACUAAUAAGAAAGUUGAACUUUUUAUCACAAAUGCUUUGGCCCAUAUAUUUGGUGUCUAUCUCGCGAGCAUUGUAGUUUGUGCAUGUAAAGCACUUCACAUGCACAUAAAGCUGUGUUGAGACAAUAUCAGUUGGAGUCUCAUCUCAUAUAUUUUGUCUAGCUACUUUAUUCGAUUUUAAAGGACUUUCUGCAGUUACAAGUAAAUGCAGACGGAUACUCACUCUGGUGCAUGCUCCGUUCCUCAUGGAAAGCAUGGGGAAAGAGAGGAAGAAACCGAACAGAGAUAAAUGCCAGAACUUCUCUUUUUCAAAAUCCAAUAGUUAUCUCAUUUAGGUGAUUCUACUUCACCAGCGUUCAAUUGUUGUUGGUUGAUUCAUGUUUGAUUCUGAUGUCAGCUCUCUCUCUCUCUCUCUCUAUAUAUAUAUAUAUAUAUAUCGUGAAUUUCCAUUUGGUUGCCAUCAGUAUUAUAAAAGAGAGUAGGCUUUUGCAGCAGUGUAUGUAAUCCAAAUGUGAUUUAAGCAAGGUUGGCUUUUUACCGUGGCAGGUAGCACUUGAGAUAAUUGAUUAUUUGCUCAAGAACUUUGGCUAAAUAUGAUUCAAGAAUACAUUUUUGAAGGGAUGAUUUGCCUAGUUGAUAAUUAGUUCUCUGGAAAAAAGUGUAUCAAAGAAACAGCUGAAUAAUGUUUCAAUCAAAACGUUCGUGCCUAUGAUAUCUACCUAUUGCAGUGAAACUGAUCAAUGCAUAACAAGCUGAUGAGCGUUUGAGUUUUAGCAAAAAAUGGCUGGCAAGAUAGACACAGAAGGCCCACAAACUUGAGCAAAGGAUAAAGGAAACAGCCGCACGAGGUUUAUUUUUUUGAACAGGUGGAGCUAGCCAGCACCCCCAUUGAUGCUGUCCCAGUCUCAGGUUCAACUCCAACUUGGUGCUGCAAUUGGUGGUGGGUGGUGGAGCCACCUAUACUUUACCUUAACUUUGCUGGCUCCCACAACCCAUCAUGACCAAACAUCGGUGGACUUUCCACCCUAUUUUCUACACAUCCUAUUUUUUUUUUUUAAUGCUAACAUCACUUUCCAUUGCAUGAUCAAAUCAUAGGCACAAAAAAUAAUUAAACACACGAGAGUCUCAACAAUCAUCUUCUCUUCUCCUCUCCUCUCCUCCUAAAUUUUUGAAAUAGUGAUCUAUUUUUUUUAGCUGAGAUGUGGAAUUUCGUUUUCAAAUUCAUUUAGAUCUUUGCUUCAUCAAGUGUUAGCUACCAUAUAUUUAUAGCAACCCUAUGGCAUUCUGUUAACAGUUCACCAUAAACAAAAAGUAUGCAAUAGUACCAUUUUCAUUUCCCUUUCGAGUAGCCUUUCUUUUCUUUUCAGAAGUAGCAUUGGGGCUCCAUGUGGCAGCCUGUCUUUGGCUCUGAGUGCUGGUUUGGUUUGCAGAUUAGGUAGGAUUAGUUAUUGUGGAUCAAGGCUUCAUAGAUUGAUAGUCCUUAGGUUCAUGUUUCAUUUAAGACACCCGUCUCGCAUUUUUCAUCAUAAUUGCUUGGAAUAAUUGGAUGAUUUCCUAGAAGUGACAGCACUAUUUUUUUUUGUAUUGUCUCGAAAUGGUAUCGAAUUGACUGCAUGUAUUUUAGGAAUACAUAAAUUUACACUAUUGUUAUCACUAGUCAAAUAAUUUUACAUUGUUGUUGAGUUUAAUUAGAACUUCAAUCCCAUAUCUAAUGGUCAACCAACAAAAAGUAAGAAGACAUGAUCAUAGCCAUCCUUCAGUGCUCUUGAUCUAGAAGAUUGGAAGUGUGAUAAACCAAUCUAUACAAAUUAUCUAUCACCGCAGAAAUCAUGGUACAAAUUUUUUAGUGCCAAUUUUUGUUGGUAUAUCUAAUGUGACUCCAUCUUGUAAUGAUGAGCACCAAUGAGUUUAAUGCUUCACAAUAUUAUUUGUAGAUAUUUUACUAGUUUAGUGCACACUUUGGUGAGAGAUACCCCCACAUCCAUUUAAUUCAGCCACUAUAUGUGUUCAUCCUAUGGUGCUGCUAUACACGAAUCUUGAUACAAAUCCUCUAAUAUUCAAAUCAAAGUCACAAUCAUGCCCCAUGCAGACCGCACUAGACACACAAACCUUUUGCAUGGGGUCCAUAUAUGUUUCCUCUCCUCCAUAUAUUUCAUUGUUAUGGGAGUAAAUGUUUCUCUCUACCUCCAUAGGCAUAAGGAAGCUUCCCGUUCUCCUCUUUCUUUUUCAUCUAUCAUGGAGAAAAUGAAAUCAUUUCCCUAUUAUUCAGCAUCUUAUGCAGAAGCAAGAUUUGAUUUUGAAGACAGAAGCAAGUCAUAUAGCUUUAAUGGCCCUGGUGACGAUCCUGAGGUCAAGAGGAGAAAAAGAGUUGCAGCCUAUAAUAUGUAUACUAUGGAAGGUAAGGUCAAGUCAUCUCUGAGGAACAGCUUCAAGUGGA